AAAUCCCUCUCUGCCCCUUGGUACAGGUGGCAGCAUGACCUCCCAGGACAUCUGCAGCUCCCCAGGUACUCGUGAGUCCUUCCCUCCCAGAACCAGGGCACUUGGAAACCCAACCACUGUGAGCUCUGCCCUAUGGCAGCCCUUCACUGCUGUGUCUCUUCCAGGGGAUCUCCGAGCUCCUGUUCUCCAAAUGAACUCAAGGUCUGCUCUGCCAGGUACAAGAAUUUUUCUCCAGUGUAUUCUCCCUAUGGUGUCACCUGUAAGACGAAUCAUCUUCUGCAAGGAUGGGAUAGAGGCGUACAGUCUGAAAGCCCAGCAAGGGCAGCUGAACUACUCCGUGGUCCUGAACAUAACGUCAAGAAGUGCAGGAAGAUAUAGAUGUGGUUACCAGGAGUGGAAUGAGUUGAAACACAGGAGGAGCUCUGCCCUCAGUGCUGGCCGCAACCUGGAUGUCCCUGGUGCAGCUGCUGACGUGACCACCCAGGACAUCUGUAGCUCCCCAGGCAUUGUGGUGAGCUCCCCAACAAGUCCAUCAUCCCCAGCUCGCCAUGCCCGGAUCCCGCACACCCUCUCCACAAGCAUGGCGCUGGCAGUGGCAGCCAUCGGCCUCGUCCUCCUGGCUGCAGGCAGCUGGUUUGCCAUCAGGAAAGGUGCAUGCAGAGGGAGAUGCCCAAGGCAGCAGCACGUUGACAGCCCACAGAUGGAAACCACAGACCACGACGAAGUCCCAUACUCCACGAUCGCCCAUGUUCGACGGGACAGGGUGAGUCAUGGCACAGCUGUGCACAGCUCCUUUCUGCACUCCUGCAGCCUGGUGCAUGCUCAUUGUGCAGGGCUCACAGUCAGCAGCUGAAGUAACAGGGUUUCUUUUCUCCCUGAAACCUCCUCCCAUGCAGCAGAUGAGCGACACCACGACAUAUGCCACGGUGACCCACACCCACACCCGAUAGCACUGCAACAGGGCAAGGGCACAGGAGCCUUGUCCACAGAUGCCUUUUCUCUCCUGCAGAGUUCUUGUGCAGCCAUAACGUGGGGCUGCGGGGUGCACUUUGGGCUUCUCUGGAAUUUUCUGUCACAGGGAAGGGCUGUGUGUGUCUAGCCAAGAGGCUGAAGGACUCAUAUUUCUGUUUGCAAUAAAUUAAUACCUCUAAAAUA